GCCGUGCAGAGUAGAGAGAGCGUCAUGGCGCUGAGGGAUCGGGAGCCGCUACUGAGGCCGGAGGGUUUGGACGUUGAAGGGGAGGCUGUUUUUGAACGAAGGAAAUCUGGAAGAGAUAGUUACGAAAUCGCACUGACAUUUGAAGAAGCUGUCGAAGAAACAGGUUUUGGCACUUUCCACAUAGCUCUGUUGGCUAUCUGCGGGUGGGCAAAUGCCAGUGAUGCCGUUGAAAUUCUGUGUGUGUCUUUCCUGCUUCCGACUGCCCGCUGUGAUCUUUACCUUAGUACAGCAGAUAUGGGUUGGCUUACAGCAAGUGUAUUCCUAGGUAUGAUGGUUGGGGGAUACAUGUGGGGAGUUCUCGCAGACCUGAAAGGCCGUCAACGAAUUCUUGUUUUGUCAUUGGCAGUGAAUGGCAUCUUUGGCGCAGUGUCUAGCUUGGCAUCAAAUUAUUGGCAAUUUCUACUAUUGCGAUUUAUUAGCGGAGUUGGUGUUGGUGGCUCCAUACCAGUCAUAUUCUCCUACUUUUCGGAAUUUCAACCUCGGAAUAAAAGAGGCUGCAUGGUCAGUGCUUUGGCCACUUUCUGGAUGGCAGGAAAUAUUUUAGCAGCAGGUCUGGCUUGGCUGGUUAUCCCCAGGGCUUCAAUGUCUUUCCAGCUGGGUUCGAUACAUUUUCAGAGCUGGAGGCUUUUUGUGCUGCUGUGUUCAGUACCCAGUCUGACCUCUGCGUUGAUCUAUGCUAUGGGGAUGCCCGAGAGUCCCAAGUACUUGAUGCAGGCUGGUCGGGAGGUCGAUGCUCUUCAAGUUUUCCAGCGCAUGUUUUACUGGAAUCACCGUGGGAAAGCUCGUUUCUUUUCGAUGUUAAUGACUCUGCAGGAUUCUGAGGUCUUGCCAAGGGUUCAGCGGCUGGCGAUUCCUCCACUUGAGAGAAGCAAUGCAAGGACGUAUGAAAGUCGUACUAUUUGGUUUAAGCAGCAGAUGAUAAAGGGAUUGGAUCCCAUCAGGAAGAUUUUUGACCAAAAGCUGUGUACCACAUCAAUUGUUCUCUCCAGCAUCUUCUUCAGCAUCUCGUUUGGGUAUUAUGGUCUGUGGAUGUGGUUUCCUGAGCUCCUAAAACGGAUCGAGAUCGGAGGUGGUUCUGCGUGCUCGAGUAAUUGGAGCAGCUCCAGUGAAGGAAGUGUGGAGAAUGUCACUUGUUAUCCCGUGAAGACAGUGGUGUAUAAAGAAGGCUUUAUAAUUGCUGCUGCCAAUCUUCCUGGUAAUAUCUUCACUAUCUUACUGAUGGAUCUGCUGGGAGGCAAAUUUCUACUUGGUGCUAGUCUUUUUCUGUCAGGAAUCUGUGCAUUUUUCAUCUGGCAAGUGAAGACCAAAACGCAGAGCUUGAUAGUGUCCUGUGUGUUUAGUGCCAUCUCAGUUGUUGCUUGGAACUCACUUGAUGUCAUUGGGUUAGAAUUGUACCCAACUAACUUAAGGUCUUCUGCACUUGGAGUUUUCACUGGUAUCAGCCGUGUUGCCUCCAUUUUGGGAAAUGUGGUGUUUGGCCAGCUGGUUGACAUGAACUGCAGUGUGACCAUCCUCCUGGUGGCAGCAAUAUUUUUCAUCGGCAGUCUGGCAUGCUUCAAAUUACCUAACACUAAGCACAUUGAAUUGAGUUGAGAAGAGAGUUGAAGUUACUGGAACAUUUAUCAAUAGUGCCUUUACCCAUGUGUGCGUUUACCCAUCAGCUCCAAUGUGUCCUUUGCUUGUGAAGUGUACUGGAAUGAGAUGCCAUAAGCUCGAAGAGGAAAUAUGGCCCUAUUGUAAGGGUAACUGCAAAAGACAACCAAUACGAAUAUUUUGAAUAGACACAAAUUGUUGACAAAUGUGGCUAUAUGAAGCAUGCACUAUAAAAUAAGGGAUCUUCUGCUGAGACUCAAAAAACCUCACUUGUUACAUUGUAAACUCAAAAUGCCAUGCAGGUUGUGCUUACAAUGACAACUUUCAGGUUCAGAUCAUGAAACUUUGUGAUAAGCUCCUUCCUCAGUUUGUACUUUGUUCUUCUGUUGACCUCCCACUAUAAGCAGGAAGGGUCAUGGCUCAUGUAGUAACUCUGAAUAGAUAGGGAGUAAAGACAACAUGCAUCUGUUACACUUUGAAAGUGAGACAGUCUAACUAAAGGAUCAAGUUUUCUAUAGUGAACGUUUGUCGAGAACAUCAUUUGUCUUACAAACAAGGCUGGCCAUAUUGUACAAUAUUUACAUGUUUACUUCUAAGCCAUUUGGAUUCUGUACAGAAGCAAAAUGGGCAAAUACCAAAAUUGUGGAUAAUCAAUACUGAGGAUUGCAAUAGAGUGAGAAUGAAAUCUGCACAAUGAUAAACAGUUGCACCAAUGGAGAGUUAUGACAAGAUAUUUAGUCAUAUUUUUAAAACUCUGCUGGAUUGACCAAUUUGCAUUAUGUAAUCCCUCACCAUCCCUGGCUUGCUGACCUGGGACAUUGCUUAGGCAGGAGCGUAGUUUUGAAUUAAUUUUCUGAUGCCUCCAUAGCCCCAUCUGAUCUCCCCACACCCCUCAGGUGUUCUGACUUCAAUUUCUGAAUUAGUCAUAAACUCUCCUAUCCUUUAAAAGGAACUCAAACCGGUGACCAGGCUUUUGGUGAUUUAAUUUGUUGUAGUGUCCCUACCUCUCGGCCAGACAGCCAAGUUCAAAUCCACCUGCCCUGCAGGUGGGUAACAACCCGUCCAGUUUCAUUAAAAAUAAUUGUGAUCACCCAUCCAAAA